GAGGCGAAGAAGCUGAUUGAUUCCCCUGCAUUCCGCGCUGACUGCUCUGCCUCUGGGUCUCGGGAUUUCUCUUCUCUCUCACGAGAUUUCUCUUGUAAUAUGCAAUCUUUUCCAAAGUAUUCUUUGGCCCUCAUUGCUCGGCUGCAUUCCAGCUGCACUCUCACGUCGUCGUCUUGCUCGAAUUCCGUUUUGGGUUCCUUCCGAACGGACUCGCAGCUGGGCUAUCAAUUCUGUCAUCAUGUGGGCAAUCGUGAGCGUUGCAACUGCCGUGGCGCAGAACGGGGUCAGGCUUCAGGAAGUGAUUCCUGUGCGAUUGAUGGUUAGGGUUAGGUUAUGGUAGAUGAUUGUUUAGAAUCAGUUGUUGCUUCAGCGACCAGGUGGCAUGUUGCAUUGGCUGUUGAUGGACAUUGGGUGAUGUGGUGUAAUUCGGCUUGUGGGUAGCGGAAGGAGGUGCGACCUGCUUUGGCAUUGGGCUGGACUGUUUCCGUGGGGUUUGAAUGGUGGACGACUGCCCUGUGCACAAUAUGAUAUACUUUGAGUUGGACGAUCGAAGGCGAAAGAGUCCUUUGAGAUUGCGGAGAGGUUGGUGCUAUUGGAAACAAGUUGUUUGCAACUAUUGGUUACUCGGUGCUGGGUAUCGUUUUCGCAAUUAUUAUUAUUAUUAUUAUUAUUCACAAAGUCAAGACGUAACCCUCUGUUUACUGCCGUUGGUCUGGGUUUUCGAUUUUUUUUCUCUACAAGCGAAAUUCUUUCGCCAUGCCCCUUUUUUUAGGAGUAUAGAGCUCUCGUGGGAUUUGGAACGAAAAUGCGGUGAGAAACUUUUACUUACUCGUCAUUGACUUUGUAGAUUUAAGGCAAAAUGACAAAUAAUUUACAGAAGCAGGCAUUUAAGAGCACAUUGAUCAGGGUACGGUUUGGGUUUGUAUUCUUAACAGCGACACUAUUAUCAUGACGAGACUAGAAUAGAUUUUCUCAAAAUCUGAGAAUACAACAGUAGCUACAGGUUCAGGCUGCUGAUAUUGGGCUGCUCUUUUCAACAAGGUGUAUUUCUUUCUGUCUUACCAAGUCUUGACGAAUACUUAAAAAAGUUUCUGAAGAUACUUUAGCUAUUCUUAGGAAGAUGUAGUGCUGAUCAAGUGGACAAAUUUCGUGUCUACUGGAGCUUAAUGAUCUCGGAACAUUCUUCUCUUCACAUAUGUUUAGCAUUACAGGUAGUUUUGAUAUGGUGUGUUCUACUUGCAUCGAGUCGUGCCUUUGGUAACACUAAAAGAGUAUCUCAUCAAGUGAUUGCAACUGGUGGCAUGAUAUUUGGUUUAGCAGGCCCAUUUCGAUAUGGUCCAGGCUGAGCCGACAGCCCUGCUUUAUAAGAGGCCUGAUGGAACAGCGCUGGCCGGCAGAGAAAGCCGAAGGUUGAAGGAGCUAUUCAAGGACUUUGGGGUUCAACCGUCAACUGUUACAGUCAUGGGACAGAUGGGUUUCACCUUGAGCACGCUGAUCAACAUGAAAGACGAAGAAGUUGAUUUUGUAAUCAAAUCUAUGAUCGAGGAAUAUCACUUGGAUCUCUUGAUGGGUGAACAGUUUGGUAUUAAGGCUGCUGUUAGGGCCAAACGAAGAUUGGUUGUGGAGGAGCUGGAACAGCAGCGGAUGGAUAUGGCUGCCCUAAGCAAUGAAAAGAAACGUAGGCUAGAGGAGCCAUCUGAUGGUUUACUUUUGAAGGAUGGCAAUGGUUCUUUGGAAGCUUUGGGACUACUGGGUCUGACUGAUCCAGAUAGUGACAGUGAGGGGAAAAAGGCUGCUAAAAGAAGACAAAGGAAAAGGCGGUCGAAGGAAGUCGGAGAUGACGGAGAGGAAAGGCCUCGUGAACAUCCUUUCAUUGUCACAGAGCCUGGGGAACCUGCCAAAGGGAAGAAAAACGGUUUGGAUUAUCUGUUUGAUUUAUAUGAACAAUGCGGAAAGUUUCUGGAAGAGGUGCAGCACAUUGCGAAAGAGAAAGGGGAAAAAUGUCCAAGCAAGGUCACCAACGAGGUUUUUCGUCACGCUAAACUCACUGGGGCUGGCUACAUCAAUAAGCCGAAAAUGAGGGACUAUGUGCACUGCUAUGCAUUGCACUGUUUGGACGUGGAGACAUCAAAUAAUCUUAGGAAAGAGUUCAAAGAGCGGGGAGAAAAUGUAGGUGCGUGGUGUCAGGCGUGCUACUUCCCUUUAGUUACAUUAGCAAGGCAGAAUGAGUGGGACAUAGAUGACCUUUUUAACCAGAAUGAUAAGCUUCGCAUCUGGUAUGUCCCCACAAAACUCCGGCAACUGUGCCACAUUGAGAGGAUGAAGCACGGCGAAUGAGCCCUUGUACACUAUUUUGUAGACUUAUGUGAAGGUUAAGGUUCCAUUAGUACUCCAUUCUAAGUA